CACAUCCUCAGAUAGUAAACCAAUUAGAAAGAUAAUCUGUCCUCUUCAGAUGUAAAGAUUUUUCAGCAACACCAUCAUAAAUCAACUGAUAAUGAAUGUACAGAAGGAAGACAACGGAGUCAAUAGAGACUAUCCUAUGACGACACUGAGAGCGUUUGGUGGAUUGCACAUAGGCAUUGGUAUACUAUGUGCAAUACUGGGUAUUGCUGUAUUCAUCAUUGACAAUGUUAAUAUGAGUAAAGAUUGCUACAUUGAUAACAAUGGAAGCUACAUUGAUAACAAUGGAACUGCACACGAUGAAAAAGAAUGUGAAAAUCAAGUGUCGUCGGCUCAAACAUUCUUUGUUUAUGACAUAAUAUGUUUCCUGUUUUCUGGAUGGUUUAUAAUUACUGGAAGCUUUCCAUUUUGUAUGACCCAAAGACGUCAAAGUAGUUGGAGGUGUUUGAAAAUAACUUUUAUGGUUUGUAAUAUUGUCGCUGCAACUCUUUUUGUACCAGGUGUAUUUAGUUUCAGAGUGUUCGGAGCGGUUGUGCGAGUAGAACCUAGAACUGAUACGGUUGUUUUGUCGUCCUUCAUAGCAGUGUUGGGUGCUUUUGAUUGGAUACUAGCCAUUGCUGCAGCAUCCUACUGUUGCUGUUGUACAUCAUGGGAUGACACUGAUAAGUCAGUAGUAUACGUCACUUUCGGACAACAUGCAAAUGUGGAAGAAAUGCCAAAUUCAAAAACUAUGCAGUCAAAAUUGAGUCAGGAUGGAUCUAAAAUGCGUAGUGGAAUUUAUCCAGCGGUAGACAUGACACAAUAAUUUCAAGUUUCACACCUACCUCACUUUGCAGGAACUGAACCGGGUUAUAAGGUCAACAACAGGCAAUCACUAUAAUACAGGAUAUAAAAAUUAUAAACAUUUACUUAGCUUUUUGAUUUUUAUAUAUUAUAUAGAUCUUAUAAUAUUUGUAUGAUGUUUUAUAAUCCAAUCUGUCUAUUCUUGAUAAAGUUUUUGAAAUUAAAGUUUACAUUAAUAUUUUGCAAAA